CUGUCAAAAUUGCCAUUACAUGCAUAUUAAGGCACUUUUUGUAGGGUAUGCACCCCACAGGCUUAGGUGAGCAUACAUAACUUGGUUCAAAAGUAAAAGACUGAAAUAAAAGGAGAAAUAUCAGACAUUUGAUGUGAUUCCAGCUCUUUUUCUCACUCUUCUCAUGCUAGCGGUAGAGGAGAGGAAAAUGCCAUUAGAAGAUGGGGAAUCAGAAAUAACCUGCCUCAGGAGAGAACUUGAAGCUUCUUUGGCAACGAAUGGUUCACUGGAGAAAGAAAAUCAGGAGUUAAGACAGGAAGUAAGCCGUCUAAAAGCACAAAUCACUUCUCUCAAAGCACAUGAUAAUGAGAGAAAAUCUAUACUGUGGAAGAAGCUACAGAACUCUAUUGAAAGCGGUGAUCCAGACUCGUCUCAACUGAAAUCAUCAGAUAUUGUGAAGCCACCAGUGCUGAAAUCAUCAGAUAUUCAAGAAUUUGCAACCUGGAAGGAAAUACCACUAAAAGCACCAAAACCACCACCAGGGCCUGCUGCCAUUAUCUUCCCUUCACCCAAGGAAGUGAAUGGCAACAAAAUUGAAGUGAAUGGUAAGAAAAUUAAAGCACCAGCACCACCGCCUCCACCAUUGCCAUCAAAGUUGUUAGCUGGUUCUAGAUCAGUGCGACGUGUGCCAGAAGUUGUGGAGUUGUAUCGUUCACUUAUGAGAAAAGAUGGCCAGUUAGAGAACAAAACAAAUCCUGCAACAACUCCAACAGUUGCAUUUAGUAAGAUCAUGAUAGGAGAAAUUGAGAAUCGCUCAAGUUAUGUUUCAGCUAUAAAAUCAGAUGUACAGAAACAGAAGGCAUUCAUCAACUUCUUGAUCAAAGAAGUAGAAUCUCUAGCCUGUAAAGAGAUAUCUGAUGUAGAAUUAUUUGUGAAAUGGCUAGAUCAGGAAUUAUCCUCCCUGGUUGAUGAAAGGGCAGUUCUGAAGCAUUUCCCACAAUGGCCAGAGAGGAAAGCAGAUGCUCUGCGCGAAGCUGCUUUCAGCUACCGAGACCUAAGGAGCCUUGAAUCUGAGGUCUCCUCGUUUGAGGCCAACCCAAAAGACUCUCUAACUCAGGCUCUCAGAAGGAUGCAAACAUUGCAAGACAGUUUGGAGCAAAGUGUCAGCAGAACUGAAAGGAUGAGAGAAAGUAGCGGUAAGAGAUACAGGGAUUUCCAUAUCCCAUGUGAAUGGAUGCUAGAUACAGGAAUCAUUGGCCAGCUGAAACUAAGUUCGUUGCGAUUAGCCAAGGAAUACAUGAAAAGAAUAACCAAAGCACUGAGCUCUAAUCAGUGCUCACAGGAAGAUAACCUCUUGCUUCAGGGAGUUCGAUUUUCAUAUAGAAUACACCAGUUUGCAGGUGGAUUUGAUGCUGAGGCCAUACAUGCAUUUGAAGAUCUAAAGAAAAUCAGCAUGAAUUUUCAUAUAAGCAAUUAGCUAGGCAUGCUCAAAUGUGAUCUUGGUCAUAGAUAUACAUACCUUUUAGAAGAGAUGUAUCUAAACAAAUCCUCAUCAAGAGCUUCAACAUUGAGAAGAAGGCUUGAACCAGGGCCUUCGGGUCUAAUAAUUCUUCUCCAAGCCA